AUGGUUAGAAAAAUUCAACAAAAUCGAUUAAAACAAAAAUUUAUUAAAAUUGGUACAAAAGAUAAAGGUGGAACAAUGAAAAUUUUUGGAGAUUCAUUAAAUCCUUCGAUACCAUAUAAAACAUUUCUUUUAUCAAUAAAUGAUACUGCCGAAUGGGUUGUUAAAGAAAUGCUUGAAAAAUAUGGAUUUAAACAUGAAACUCCAAGAAAUUAUUGUUUAGUACAAAUGAUCAUUCCACCAUACAAUCAAAUCGAUACUAAAUCUAUCAGUGAAACAAUACUUCAUGAUAAGGAAUGUCCGUUAAAUAUUUAUUUAAAUUAUACACAAAAAAAUCAAGGAUCAAUUGUAUUUAAAAUAAUCAAAUGUCCAUUGGCAUUUUUGGAAAUUCGUGAACGACUUCAGGCACAAGAAUUAGCUUUAAAUAUACCUCAGUUACCAUCGAUACAAGAUCGAAUUAUUAAUGAUCAUCUUCCUAUGUUUAUUGAAAUUAAUCCUGAUAAUACGAAUAUUACAGCACCACGAGUAUUUAAAGUUUAUCCGGAUAUAACACAUGUUGGUCGUGAUACAAAAGCAGGAAUUGGAAGACAAUAUUUUUUUAUUGAUGGUUCUGGUAUUGAUCGUGAUCAUUGUGCAAUAGAAAAUCAACAUGGUACUGUUAAAAUAAUUCCACGUAGUGAAGUACAAAUAAAUGGAAAACUUAUUAUAACACCUUCUAUACUUAAACAUGGAAUGAUUAUUUGUUUCGGACGAAAUUCAACAUUUCGAUAUUAUGAUCCACAAAUAGUUCAAAAAAUUAAACAAAUUUUUAUACCAAACCGAAAAAAAUCAUCUGUGUAUAGUUCUGAACCAAUAUUAUUAAAGAAAACAAAUAAUUUUAAUUUAACAAAAGUAUAUAGUCAACAGAAGAAAAUACCGUCAACAAAUAAUAUUGAUGCAGAAACAUUAAUCGAUGUUUUACCCGGUUUAUUGAAAGUUCCGAAUGAAAGUGAAAAUCAAUUUCUUCAUACUGUUUUUGAUAAUUAUCCAUUAAAUACUAUCCAUUUUCGUUUAUUACCUACAUAUACACUUUAUAUGACAUUACGAUAUAAUCUUUCAUCAUAUCAAAAAUCGAAUGUAUCAUUUCUACAAAAACAAGAAGAUGUUUGUCCAUUACUCUAUCGUAUUGAUGAUAUGAUAAAGAAGAAAAUUGAAGAAUGUCAAGAACAUGCUGGUUAUCUUGCAUAUUGGUUAGCGAAUACAUCGGAAAUUCUUUAUUUUCUUAAACAUGAUCGAGAUCUAUCAAAAAUGUCUACUCAUAUACAAACUCAUUUAACUUCAUAUAUUCAACGUUUAUUACAUUAUUUAAUAGAUAUUUUACAAAAUGAAUUAGAUAAAUGUUUAACAGGAUUUCUUAGUCCACAUGAUAAUAUUGAACGACAUAUUCAUAUUGAUAAAUUUACUGAUACACGUUGGAUAAUAUUAGAACAAAUUCCUAAUAAAUAUCAUCAAUUCACAUUUGAUGAUAUUCUUGCAAUACUUUCAUCAAUUAUGGAUUUAUUAUGUAAAUGUCGUGUUAAUCCUGCGUUUACAAUACAAAUUUUUUCACAAAUAUUUCUUUAUAUAAAUACAUGGUUAUUUAAUCGAAUUAUUUGUUGUCCAGAAUUAAAAUUAUGUUCAUCGAUAUGGGGAGAAAAAUUCUUAAUUCGAUUAAAAUCUAUUAAAAACUGGGCACAACGACAAGGCUUAGAACUACAAUGUGAAUGUUAUCUAAUGAAAUUAAAUCAAUUAUGUUUAUUAUUAAAAAAUUCGAAAUAUGAUGUAUAUGAUGUACAAAGAUUAAUAUCGAAUAAUACAUUGAAUAUAAAUUCAUUACAAGUAAAACAAAUAUUAAAUAAUUAUAUUUCGGAUAGAAAUGAACCACCAAUUGCCAAUAGUUUUAGUGAUGCUCUUCUUUCUGCUGCUUAUAAACAAGUUGACGAAAAUUUACAUUCACAAGGUCUUAUUAUUCAAUUAGCUGAACAAAUCGAUUUAAAUCCAUCAUUUCUAUUACCAGAAGAUGGAUAUACAUUUGAACAACUGCAAGGUAUACCUCAACAAUUAUUUCAAUUCAUUGAAACAAUGAGUCAAUCAACAUUAUGUCGAUUAUUUAUAAAUCCACAUAGUCGUGGAAUGUGGACUGAAUUCAUGGAAAUAUCUAAUAUGAAAAAUAAUACUAAAGAUUAUGAUAAAAUAGAAACGAUUGUAUUAAAUAAAAAAGAGAAUAGUCUUGGUUUAAAUAUUGUUUCAGUAAAAAGUGAUAAUCAACAAGUUUAUGGUAUUUAUAUAAAAGGAAUCAUACCAAAUGGUGCAGCAGAUAAUGAUGGACGUCUUCAACCGGGGGACCAAAUUCUUACUGUUGAUAAUAUUAGUCUUAUCGAUGUAACACAAGAACAAGCUGUUGAUAUAUUGAAACAAUGUGAUAAUAAAAUUACAUUAGAAGUCCUCAAAGAUGCAGCUAAUCACCAUGGUCUUUCAAGUUUACUCAGUACAUCAUCAAAUCCUUCUUUAGUAUCAUUCCAAUCUUCGACAUUUACACGUCCUGUUCAUCAACUACAAAAUUCAACUCCUGUUACUUCAUCAUCUACUCAACCAUCAUAUUCAUCUCAGAUAUUAAAUGAUCAUGCAUCAGAAGAACAACAACAAUCAAAUUCAAAUCUUUCUUAUGCAAAACAAUUUGAUAAUCAUGAAAAAAAUUUCAUUCGUUCAUCUAAUCAAACACAAUCAUUUAUCAAUCGAAAAACAUCAUCAUCAAAUCGAUCAUUAGUCUUUCGUGAAGAUGUUCCACCUGAUCAAAAUGACAAUUAUCGAAAAAAACCAAGUACACCAUCUAAAAUAGUACUAAAAUCAAUUCUUCAUUCAGAUCCAUCAAUCCGACAAACCAAUUUAGUCAACGAUGUUAAUCUCUCGAAUCGUUUAUCAUCAUCAAUGAGAAAACAACGUGAACCAAUUCAGUUGAUAAAUACAUAUCAAAAGAGUAUCAAAGAAAUACGUUUAGAACGUAUUAACGAUUUAAUAUUUAAAAUUAAUCGUACUGAACAAGAAGAAAAAGAAUUAAAAAGUUUACAGUUAGAAGAUGAAUUUGAUCGUCGUGUUGAAGAAUUUUAUUAUCAAAUAAAUGAAAAUAAUACUAGAGAAAUUUCUCCUCGAACAUCAACUGAAAUGAAUGAAUUUGAUGAAAAAUUAAAACGUCGUUUGAAACAAUUCGAACAAGAUCGAGAAAUUGAACGUGCACAGAUUAAUCAAAUGUUAGCCAUACGUCAAGCACGUUUAUCUAAAAAUUCAAUUUUUAUCUUUCUUAUGGCGAUGAUGAAUGAUUGUGAUCAUAGUUUACUUGUAUGGAUUGAUUUGGAAAUGAGUGGACUUGAUUUAAAUAUUCAUACAAUUGUUGAAAUAGCAAUAGCAAUUACGGAUUUUCAUUUAACAAAUUAUAUUGAAGGACCGGAUAUUGUUAUUCAUCAUGAUCAAGAUAUAUUGGAUAAAAUGAAUGAUUGGUCAAGAGAACAACAUACAAAAUCAGGAUUAAUUGAAUUAAUUCGUCAAAGUCAAAUAUCAUUAGAUCAAGCCGAAACAACAGUUAUUGAUUUUCUUAAACAUUAUUGCCCAUCUGGUAGUGGAAUUUUAGCUGGAAAUUCAGUUUUUGUAGAUCGAUGGUAA